CUGAGUGGGAGUUCCACCCAGCUGUGUCCAGCUAUGAUAUGGACUCUGACCCCACUUCUCCACUCCCCAGGAGACAGCCCACAAUGCCUGCCCCAGUCCUAUUCUCUGUCUGGGCCGCCCUGAGCAUGCCCGGUGUGUGGGUUGCAGCCUUAUUACUUCUGAGGUUUGGGUCGGUGGGUCUCAUACAUUGUCCCAUUCCAGUUAUUCCUCCCAAUUAUUGAGGUAACAGAUAAGGAGCCUGGAACCUAGAAGAAUCACUGUGCCUCAGAUCACACCAUUAGAAAGUGCAGUCUGGGUCUAGACUCUGAGGUCUGCAUCCGGUAGUAGGAGAAAUUACUGCAUCUCUUCUUCCAGCCCAGCUGCCCCCUCCCUUCACCUAUCAGAUACCAGAACACAGUUGUCUCUCCCUAAGCUGUUCUGGGUGGGGCUGAGCUGGGUGGGGCAGCCCUGUGUAGUGUACAGUGAAGAUGUGGCCCCUACAGGCAAAUUCAGCCAGACAUUGAUGCAGAGCAGCAGUUCUGACUGGUGAGAAGGGAGCAGAAAGGAGAGCCUGGAGUCUGGAUCGCCUUGCAAGUUGCCAGCCAUGCCCACUCCUCUGCUUCCGCUGCUGCUCCGCACGCUGUUGGCCCGCCUGCUGCUGCCCGCUGCCCGCCUGGCCCGCCAGCACCUCCUGCCCCUGCUGCGCCGGCUGGCCCGCCGCCUGGGCUCCCAGGAUUUGCGAGAGGCUUUGCUGGGCUGUCUGUUGUUCGUCCUCAGUCAGAGACGCCCGCCGGACGCCGGGGAGGCUUCCAGAGUGGCCCGCCUGGAGAGGAGGGGGAGGCUAGCCUCCCAAAAAUGAGCCCAUGAAUCCUGGUAGCAGCUGUGCCCCCUAAAAUGCUUUAUUUCGGAAUAAGACAGUCCUGGCCCCAUCACUGACUGCAGCCUGCCCAGUGGACAGAAGACGUGGUGGGGGACUGAGCAUGAGAGGGGUCCAGCUAGGACGUGCCCCCCACCUCCCAGCAGAAAGGAUUGGAGGGAUCCUCUGUUUCCAGAAAACAGAUCACCGUCCCUUCCUCCCAGCAUUCUUCCCAAGAACUUGCCUCUGGUGGGAGGGGUACUGAUACUCCUCCUCUACCCCCACCCCCAGGCAAAUGGAGAGAGGAGGUCCAAUGAGGGACAAUGCUUAACCCUGGGACAAUGGACAAUUCGGCUAAUCCAGACUGUCUCUGGUUUGAGAUUUCCCAAAUAAUAAGAACUUGGUUCCCUACUAGGGAGUUAGUCCUGCCCCCAAAGCCCAGUAUGCAAUAGGGGCUCAAUAAAUAUUUGUUACCUUUAA